AUGGCGAAGAAUGCCACCGCUAUGCCUCAGUUACCUGGCAAGGACGAUAUUCAAGGAACUUGGGAUUUCCUUGCCAUCGGCGUCGAGAAGAUUAUGAACCACCUUCGUGAUGGUAUUGAUCUCAAGACGUACAUGAGCCUGUACACAGCCAUCCACAACUUCUGCACAGCUCAANAAGCUGUCGGUCAAACCACAAAUCUUAACGCCACGCAUCGUGGAGCACACCUCCUUGGAGAAGAUCUGUACAAGCGCCUAAAUGAUUACCUCCAAUCUCACCUGGCUACUGUCCACUCCGAGAUGGUCAUGCAUUCGGACGAGGCUCUUCUGUCCUUCUACAUCAAGGAGUGGAACCGAUACACCACCGCCGGCACCUACAACAACCACCUUUUCCGCUACCUUAACAGACACUGGGUCAAGCGUGAGAUCGACGAGGGCAAGAAGGACAUCUAUGACAUCUACACCUUGCACCUGGUCCGAUGGAAGGAGGACAUGUUCGGCACCACUCAGAACGCUGUUAUGGACGCGGUCUUGCACCUGGUCGAGAAGCAGCGUAACGGCGAGACGAUCGAGCAGAGCCAGAUCAAAAGUGUCGUCGAUUCGUUUGUCUCGCUGGGAAUCGACGAGCAGGAUAGCACAAAGUCGACCCUCGACGUCUACCGCAUCUACUUUGAGAAGCCCUACCUUGAGGCCACCGAGAAGUACUACGCCCAAGAGUCUCGCCAGUUCCUCGCUGAGAACACCGUUGUCGAAUACAUGAAAAAGGCAGAACAGCGUCUUGAGGAAGAGAAGGAGCGUGUACCUCUGUACCUGCUCAACGAGAUAAUGACUCCCUUGAUGAAGACCUGUGAGAAGGCCCUGAUUACCGAUCACUGUGCCAUUCUGCGCGACGAGUUCCAGGUUCUACUCGACAAUGACAGAGUCGAAGACAUGACCCGCAUGUACAAGCUGUUGGCCCGCAUCCAGGAUGGACUGGAUCCUUUGCGAAGCAAGUUCGAGGCUCACGUCCUCAGAGCUGGCAACGCUGCCGUUGACAAGGUUGCCUCUGCCGCUGAGAACUCAGUCGACCCCAAGACAUACGUCGAUGCUUUGCUCGAGGUCCACACCAAGUACUCGGAUCUCGUCCAGACUGCUUUUAACGGCGAAUCUGAGUUUGUCCGCAGUCUUGAUAACGCUUGCCGCAACUAUGUCAACCGCAACGCCAUCUGCAAGAACGGAUCAACUCGCUCGCCCGAGCUUCUGUCCAAGCACGCCGAUACCCUGCUGAAGAAGUCGACCAAGAGCACCGAAGAGGAUGACAUGGAGCAACAACUCAACCAGGUCAUGACCGUCUUCAAGUACAUCGAGGACAAGGAUGUCUUCAACAAGUUCUACUCGAAGACACUGGCCAAGCGUUUGGUUCAAGGCACAUCUGCUUCUGGUGACGCCGAGACUAGCAUGAUCUCCAAGCUGAAAGACGCAAGUGGAUUCGAGUACACCAACAAGCUUCAGCGUAUGUUCCAGGACAUGCAGACGUCCAAGGAUCUGAACGCAUCAUACGACGAGUGGUGCAAAGGAAACCUUGAAGAAUCCGACCGCAAGGCCAUUAUCGACUCCUACUACAACGUCCUUGGUACCGGUUUCUGGCCACUGCAGCCCUCGAGCACUCCCUUCACACCCCCACAAGACAUCGCGCGCACAUAUGAGCGCUUUCAGAGCUAUUACCUUAGCAAACACGGUGGCCGUAAGCUUACUUGGCUCUGGCAUCUGUGCAAGGGUGAGAUCAGAGCCAACUACGUCAGGAUGAACAAGGUUCCGUACACCUUCCAGGUUUCGACCUAUCAGAUGGCUAUCUUGCUGCUCUUCAACGACAGUGAGACAGUCUCCUACGACGAGAUUGCUGAAGCCACCAAGCUGAACAAAGACACUCUUGAUCCCUCGAUUGCUAUCAUGCUCAAGGCAAGAGUGCUUACAGCCAAGCCUGAAGGUGCUGGUCAAGCAAGUGGUACUACCUACACACUCAACCAUGGUUUCAAGAACAAGAAGCUCAAGGUCAACCUCAACAUCGCCAUCAAGUCCGAGCAGAAGCAAGAAGUCGAGGAGACACACAAGACCAUCGAGGAGGACAGAAAGAUGCUCAUGCAGUCUGCCAUUGUCCGCAUCAUGAAGUCUCGCAAGACGAUGAAGCACACACAGCUGGUCGCCGAGGUCAUCUCGCAGAUCAAGAACAGAUUCGUGCCCAAGGUGCCAGACAUCAAGAAGUGUAUCGACAUCCUCCUGGAGAAGGAGUACCUGGAGCGUCUGGAAGGCGAUGAGCUUGGUUACUUGGCUUAA